UGUGUGUGUGUGCGUUUUUUCGAGAGCCUGCAUGGGCGUGUGUGUCUGAAGAAACUGGAAGCCAGCAGAAAGAAGGGGAAGUUAAGGGAAAAGAUUGAGAAAAAGUUGUGUCGGUCAUGCGUAAAAGAGAGGUCUGCAAGUGCAGAGCUUGGGACUGUCAAUUUAUAAGGUGGGGGUGGAGGGAACAGACACGAAAGAAUAAAAUGAAAUUUUAAUUUUUCAGCCUGGCUUGAGUGGAACUUUCUGACAGACAGAUUUCUCCUUAGCAGUUGAAGCCAUUAUCAGUUUUAAAUAUAUACGGUAUACGUACUUGCUCUUUUUUCUUUCACAACUCUGCUGUGGACUUCACACAAGCUGCCAGUUUUGUGGAGUUUGUUAAGAAGGAAAAAUGGCGACAAAAACACCUGUUACCGUGGCAACCAGGACGACAGCCUCGCCAAUGCCUCAGAAGAGUGCCUGCCCUUCGGGGACACCUGGUGGGAUAUACUCGGCCAUCUUGAACCGAAACCACACUAUCAUCGAUGCCAAGAGGCUCAAGAGCUUCUAUGAGCUGCGUGACAAGUACGUGAAAAAGAAGGUGUUCUUUGAGGACCCCACUUUCAAAGCAGAUGACUCCUCUUUGUUCUACAGUGGGACAUACCCCAUUAAAUUUGAAUGGAAACGUCCACCUGAGAUCUGUGAGAAUCCUCAAUUCAUCGUUGGAGGAGCCAACAGGACUGACAUCUGUCAGGGCGAUCUGGGGGACUGUUGGCUGUUGGCUGCCAUAGCCUGCCUGACUCUGAAUGAGAAGCUACUGUACCGGGUCAUCCCUCCUGAUCAGAGCUUCACCGAGAACUACGCCGGCAUCUUUCACUUCCAGUUCUGGCGCUACGGUGACUGGGUAGAUGUUGUUGUUGAUGACCGAAUCCCCACUUUCAACAACCAGCUGGUGUUCACCAAGUCAGCCGAGCGCAAUGAAUUCUGGAGUGCUCUACUGGAGAAGGCUUAUGCCAAGCUUCAUGGAUCCUAUGAGGCCCUCAAGGGAGGGAACACCACGGAGGCAAUGGAGGACUUCACAGGGGGGGUGACGGAGUUCUUCGAGAUGAAGGAGGCCCCCAAGGAGCUCUUCAAGAUCAUGAGCAAGGCCCUGGAGAGGGGCUCUUUGAUGGGCUGCUCCAUUGAUGACACAAUGGGGAUAACCCCAGGUGUCCCAGCUCCAAAUGCUCUUGGCACACUCAUUGACCGGAUGAUCAGCCAGACAGAGGCUGAUAAGAGCAAGCCUGGGGAGCCGCCAACAGGGUCACUGGUUCCUGUUCGCUUUGAGACUCGUACUGUCACUGGAUUAGUAAAGGGUCAUGCUUAUUCUGUGACAGCAGUAGAGGAGGCGAAGCUGGCCCAACAGAAGGAGGGCAAGGUGAGACUGGUGAGACUCCGUAAUCCCUGGGGCCAGGUGGAGUGGAAUGGACCCUGGAGUGACAACUCCAAGGAAUGGGUCACAAUUCCAAAGUCAGAGAAGGACAAACUACAACAUCAGAGUGUGGAGGAUGGAGAGUUCUGGAUGUCAUUUGAGGACUUCAAAAAGAACUUCACCAAGAUUGAGAUCUGCAACCUGACUCCUGAUGCCCUGGAGGACGAUAAACUCCACAAGUGGACUGUGUCGGUGAACGAGGGGCGCUGGGUGAGGGGCUGCUCUGCUGGAGGCUGUCGCAACUACGCAGACACAUUCUGGACAAACCCACAGUACCGUCUGCGGCUUAUGGAGGAGGAUGAUGACCCCGACGACAAUGAGGUCGCCUGCACCUUCGUGGUGGCACUUAUGCAGAAGAACCGCAGGAAAGAGCGCAAGAUGGGUGCCAACCUGUUCACCAUUGGCUUCGCCAUCUAUGAGGUGCCAAAGGAGAUGCACGGCAACAAGCAGCACAUGUCCAAGGACUUCUUCCUGUACAACGCCUCAAAAGCCCGCUGCAAGUCCUACAUCAACCUGCGCGAGGUGUCCCAGCGCUUCCGCCUCUGCCCAGGCGAGUACGUGAUUGUCCCCUCGACCUACGAGCCCCACCAGGAGGGAGAGUUCAUCCUCCGCGUCUUCUCUGAGAAGAGGAGCACCUCAGAGGAGAUCGAAAACAGGAUUGAAGCCGACCAUCCAGUGACACCCAAGAAAAAGCUGAAGCCCAUCAUCUUUGUUUCUGAUAGAGCUAAUGCCAAUAAGGAAAUAGAGCCCGAGAGCUACGUGCAUGAAGAAGAGGAAAAAAAGGAUAAAAUGAAGCCAGCUCCUGCUUCAGCAGGAGAGGAGACUGAGGAGGACAGGCAGUUCAGGACCAUCUUCCAGCAGAUUGCCGGAGACGAUAUGGAAAUAACAGCUAAUGAGCUCAAGAACGUGCUCAACAGGGUGGUUGCAAAACACAAGGAGAUGAAGACAGAAGGCUUCAGUCUGGAGUCGUGCAGGAGUAUGAUCGCUCUCAUGGAUACUGAUGGUACAGGCCGGCUAAACCUGCAGGAGUUCCAGCACCUCUGGAACAAGAUCAAGCAAUGGCAGGGAAUUUUUAAACACUAUGACGCUGACCAUUCUGGAACUAUCAACAGUUAUGAGAUGCGCAACGCUGUAAAUGAUGCCGGCUUCCGUCUCAACAACCAGCUGUAUGACAUCAUCACGAUGCGCUACGCCAACGAAAACAUGAAUAUGGACUUCGACAGCUUCAUCUGCUGCUUGGUCAGGCUGGAGGGGAUGUUCCGAGCGUUUCAUGCCUUUGAUAAAGAUGGCGAUGGAAUAAUCAAACUCAGUGUGUUGGAGUGGCUCCAGCUGACCAUGUAUGCCUAGAGGUGAACUCCUGCAUCAGCGGCAGUAGGUGAGCUGGGCUCUCCGAACACUUCUGACGACAGAUGGCACCAGCCUUUACCUCAUUUUUUAACAGCACCAGCCUCAGCUGUGCCUCAGACUCUCCCUCCCUUCCCCUUCCUGCUUCGCUCACUGCAGACCCAGCACGUUUCUUUUCUCCAUCAUAUACCUCACACGGGCAAAGCCAUUGCCACCACUGCCCUCUGUCAUGCUUUCUUUCUUUCCUCUGUGUGACUAGAUCCGGGACUCGGUUUCUUUAACGAGCACCCAUGCACUGCAGGCCCUGUAUGACUUCCAGUCUAAACCUUAAACAUUGCUCAUCUGGAAGAAGAAUCCAUCUCCAUCUGCCUUUUUAAAGAGCUAAGGAGUAUACAAUUUAGUUGAAAAUGCUUUCGAAAUACAAUUUCUGCUUUUUUAUUCUUGUGAACUGCUGUCAAUAACCAUCAGUAUACCUACAAAAGCAAUGUGCUUUUUGUGUUUCUAAGGAACUACUUUCAUUUUGUGCUCAAACUGUCUCGAUGAUCUAGGUGCCAAUAAUAACCUCUACUGAAACCCACUGCUAAUGUUUCUACACACACACGCCUCUUGAGUGUUUCCUCAGACAUGACCUCCUAUAGCAACAAGGAUUAUUUGAUAACAAAUGAGUAUUUCGACUGAAAGGCCAGUGUUGAACCCUUGAAAAACAAGAACAAAGAAACAGCAAGAGUCUCACUGAAGAUCCGGCGCUGUCUUCUGUGCCUGCAACUAAAAAGUGAUUAAAUCCAUUGGAAGUAACUAUUGUCUAAUAGUCUGACUAGAAUCAGACAAUCUACUUAUGAUUCCCAUGACUCUACAACUUGCUCCUUGUGAUCAAAAUGUGUAACAAAAUGUGUUCACAGAUUCACAGAAUCUGUAAAACACUGAAUAACAGCUCUUGUAACAGUGGGUCGAAAUUGGUCUAGAAACAAAGUUUGAUUUCCUAGCAAUAGCUGCAGUUAACUUUGCUAAUUACGAUUAGAAAUCUUACAGAAGCACAACCCACUCUGUAAUUUUAGUCAGUUUUAAAAAGGUACCCCUAAAGUUUGAAAAUAUGAUAGUAAACUUUAGAGGUUCCCACAAAAGGGUAUAAGCUUCUUCAAAACUGAUUUUCAAGUUUUAAGGAGAAUUGUUUGUGGAAUUCUGAGCUGUGAGGACAAAGACCAGUCUAGUUGUUACAGGACAAACAACUCGGGACAUGGUCCUACUGAAACUCCAAGCCUCUUCAUGAAACCUGUGAAUAUUCCACUCCGCCCCCAGACUCUCCCCUCCCCCAGGUGCUUUUGGUGCUAGGGUAACCAUCGUGAAUGAGGAAGGGUUGGAAUUCUGCUUUGAAAGAUUGGGUAAAAUGUGUGUACUGCAUUUUUAAUCAAAUAAAUAAGUGUUGGCUGAA